GUUUUCUUUAUUAAAAAAUGUUACUCUGGUCAACUAAUUCUAAUAACGGCAAUGAAACAACCAUUCGUCCUAAUGCUAAACAAGUUACAGUUAGAGUGUUAAAAUGGUCUGCCAUGGCUAUAAUGCUUGGUAUAAUCACCUUCUUUACAUUAUUCGGUAUUGAUUUUAAUCCCCAUGUCAGUUUAAGGGAAUCCUUUUCCCCACCCAGAGCCGAACCAGGCCCACUCGUAUCUUCCUGUUUCCAAGACUAUACUCCCGAAAAAAGCGAAAACCAGCACUUUGGGAUCAUUCCAAGCGUCCCCGUAGUUGAAGGCGAUGUAUGUUAUAAUUAUGCUUCUUUAUUAAAACCUGUCAAAAACAUCGCCACAAUCUACCAUACAUUUUGGUCCAGUAAAACAAGAUUUACUGAAAAAGAAUUAGCUAUAUUGCGAUCGUUUAUAGCUACACAACCAUCAGAUUCAUAUCUGUACUUGUGGGUAGCAUUAGACGAUGAAAAAAAGCUUGAAAAAUGGAUACACGACGAUAGAAUACAAGUAAAAGUAAUCAGCAAUGACUUGAUUGAAAACACACCGUUUACAGAGAACUCUUGGCUAUCACAACACCAAGAGCAGAGUAAUUUGCUCCGACUGGCCACGUUGUACAAAUUUGGCGGUCUUUGGUUUGAUUUCAAUGUUUUGUUUGUGCGUGAUAUGUCACCUUUACUUUCGCAAGAGUGGAUCUCUCAAUCCAACUGUCUCGAUAAUACUAUAUCGAAAGGAUCGUUUUUACACUUUUUCAAAUCCUCUCCCUAUGUGUGUGAAAUGAUAGCUGAGGCUAACCAACAAUUGAAAUCUCACACCCAAUUGAGAUCGUUAGGCUCUGAUCUGUAUUCGCUGAUAUUUUCACGGUUAUUAAAACAUAAAAUACAGACAUGGGCAAUGCUACCUUGGUGCUAUACGGAUCCCUCACAAUGUUUAAAGUCCAAUUCAUUACCCAAUGCUUUUGACAAUAGUGAUUUUGAUAAAAGUAAACUCUCCAAGGUAUUUGCAUAUACUUGGCACAGAUCUUGGAAUUCAUCACCAGGUUCCAUAUUCAAGUACUUGGUAAAACAACACAAACAAAACAUUUCUUGGUAAACUCCAAUUUCUUUUACAAUAAUUUACUUUAAUAUGUUAAUAAAUUUUCCUUCAUAAUUAUAAUAUGUUACAUUAC